AUGUCUGCGGUGAACCAGGGACGGGGGAACGUGGCGGACGAGAACGCGCCGCUCCGGUCGAAGGCGGCGGCGGUGGCGGCGGCGAAACCCCGCGGCCAGGGCGCCGACAACCGGGAGAACGUCCCGCUGAGGGGCACCAACAGGACCGUCCUGAAGGCCCUGAACCACAACCAGUGCGCCAGGCCGGCGACGCAGGCCGCCGCAAGAAAGGAGUCCGCGUCACAGGCCCUGUCCUGCAGGAACGAAGACGAUGGCAAAACCUGCGGCGAGAAGGCGCCGUCCAAGCAGCCCUCUUUCCAGAUCCAUGUGGACGAGCCCGACGGCGCCUGCCUCAAAAAGCAGGUGCACCUCAAAGCAAAGCCCAGGCCGGACGAGUCCCCUCUGCCGCUGGACCAGUCAGUCACCCGGCUCAGGCGGCCCCUCGCCGCCCUUGAUAUACCGUCAGCCAUGGAUGUCAGCUUAGGUAGGUGGUGCUUCGAUUCUCCCAUGGACAUGUCAGUGAUUGAGGGUGAGGAGAAGCAGGCCAGUGUGAAUGAGGUCCCGGAGUACGCUGCAGAGAUUCACACCUAUCUACGGGAAAUGGAGCUGAAAACCAGGCCUAAAGCAGGCUACAUGAAGAAACAGCCAGACAUCACUAACAGCAUGAGGGCCAUCUUGGUGGACUGGCUCGUAGAGGUUGGGGAGGAGUACAAGCUCCAGAAUGAGACUCUCUUUCUGGCUGUUAAUUACAUUGACCGCUUCCUCUCCUCCAUGUCUGUCCUACGUGGGAAGCUGCAGCUCGUUGGUACCGCUGCCAUGUUGCUAGCGUCGAAAUUUGAAGAGAUCUACCCCCCAGAGGUGUCCGAGUUUGUCUACAUCACAGAUGACACCUAUACAAAAAAGCAAGUGUUGCGGAUGGAGCAUCUGGUGCUUAAAGUGCUCUCCUUUGAUCUAGCAGCUCCCACCAUCAACCAGUUCCUCACACAGUACUUCCUUCAACACUCUGUAGGCAAACAGGUGGAAAGCCUGGCUAUGUUCUUAGGGGAGCUUAGUCUGGUCGACUCUGAUCCCUUCCUGAAGUACCUUCCAUCACAGACAGCGGCUGCAGCCUUCAUUCUGGCCAAUAUUACCCUCACCAGUGGCUCAUGGCCCAAGUCCCUUUUGGUGACUACUGGCUACUCCCUGGAGGACCUGUCUCCGUGCAUUGAAGCCCUCCACCAGAUGCACCUCAGCGUUGCUCAGCAUGCCCAGCAGGCUGUACGGGAGAAGUACAAGAGCUCAAAGUGCCAUAAAGUCUCCCUUAUUGACCCUCUCACCAAACUGCUGUUAUAGAGUGUAUUUUUUUCUCUUUUUUUUCCCCACCAUGCAAUUCUUUUUUUUUUUACACUUGGCCUUUCUCAAAUAACGUAUAGCCUCCCUCUUUCUCAGGGAAGCUGAACAAACUGAAGUUUUUAAUACUAUUUUUAUACAUGUGAUCCUGGAGGAUUGUUCUUAAAUGUUUGAUACCGGAAGCUAAUUAACAGAGUUAAUCAAGCUGAUCCCUC